AUGUCCUGCUACGACCUGUGCUCCACCCCUGCCUCUGGCAUCAGCUGCCCCCAGCCCCUGGCCGACAGCUGCAACCAGCCCUGCGUGCAGCAGUGCCCUGACUCCACCGCCCUGAUCCAGCCUCCUCCAGUCGUGGUCACCUUCCCUGGCCCCAUCCUCAGCUCCUUCCCUCAGAGCUCUGCUGUGGGCUCCUCUGGAGCUCCCUUCCUUGGGCCCUCUGGAGGCUCCUCCCUGGGCUUUGGGGGUCUGUAUGGCUCUGGGAGCUCCUCCCUGGGCUUUGGGGGUCUGUAUGGCUCUGGAGACUCCUCCCUGGGCUUUGGGGGCUUUGGGGGUCUGUAUGGCUCUGGGAGCUCCUCCCUGGGCUACAGGGGUCUGUAUGGCUCUGGAGGCUCCUGCCUGGGCUUUGGGGGUCUGUAUGGCUCUGGCAGCUCGUCCCUGGGCUUUGGGGGUCUGUAUGGCUCUGGGGGUCUGUAUGGCUCUGGCAGAUCCCUUGGUUUUGGCCUCUGCAGCCCUUCCUCCUACCGGUUCAACAGGCUCCGCCGUGGGAGCUGUGGGCCCUGCUAG